CAGGGCAACCCAGAGUGGCCAGAAAAACCAUUUUUUAAGUAACACAUUUCUCCUAGUGACCACUGUUGCCACCCAGCUUUUCAGAUGGCUUCUGUGCUGUGUGUUACUCGGUAUGGUAAAAGCUCAGAAUCAUGCCGAACUUCUAAGAGCUGAGUGAUGAGAGGCUGCAGCUCUGUUUAGUCUACACCUGUGAAGUGGAAGCUUCCAGUAUUCCUGCUGUAAAGGAUAUCACAUUUGUUUAAAGUAGCAAUGUUAGAAGCAGAAUUUAGGAUUAGAUGCUGGUUUAAUAAUUCCUAAGACCCUCUUACAUUGCUGAAUGAUUUCUGUUUACUGGUCUGCUACACAUCUUAUGUAAUCUCUUCUGGGUGUGGGAACCCAUCUUGAGGCAAUGGAUUAUUGGUGGUGACAGCUUGGUGGUACUAACAGUUUAACCUGCUAUAAGCAAGUAGAUCUGGGGGGGAAAAAAGAGAAGUAGAUUUCUGAAGUGCUGCUGAGUAUUUUAACCUUAUAGUCAAACCACAGUCAGCAAGCAUUCAGCUGCAUGCGUUCUCAGCAGCAGCAGCGUCAGUGACUAACAGACUAACCACAGGAAAGGCAAUCCUGAUCAAACCAAAGGGCAUCAUCCUGUUUGAAGCUGACGUGCUAGUACUGAGAAGUAAAACCAGCAGUUUAUGAAAACGAUAGUUUAUUUUGAAUGUAGGUGCAUAAAGAGUGAAUAAGAGCAUUCCUCAUCCUCAGCUACAAUGUCUUCUCAUUACUUCCUGGACUGGAUCCUUCUGAUCUGGCUUACAGGCCCUACGGUGUCAGGACUGCUGGUGAAGGGAGAGGUUGGUCAGAACAUCACCGUGCCCUGCUUUUACACGGUUAGGACAGAACAUGACAUCACCUCAGUGUGCUGGGGCCGUGAUGCCUGCCCCCCUUCCAAAUGUUCUCGCCCCAUUAUCUGGACAGAUGGGAGGAAGGUGACAGAGGGGUACCACACAAAGUAUGUGCUGAAAGGGAACCUGCUGAAGGGCAACGUGUCCCUCACCAUCCUGAAUGCCCAGGAAACAGACAGUGGGACGUAUUGCUGCCGUGUGGAGAUCCCAGGGUGGUUCAAUGACAAGACAACCAACCUCCAGGUGGUGGUUGAGAGAGCUAGGGUCCCUACUGCAACUCCUCUCACUCACACCUCUCCACCGACCUCAGCUCCUGGGAGUGCCAGUGAAACGUCCUUUACUGUCAGAACGUGGCCACCAGUUUCUCUUUCAGAAGCUCCUGAGACUAAUUCAUCCAUAUCAACUCACAGUCAGCAGUAUUCAGAAAAGAGUGUUUACCUCAGAACUGGAUUGUGCGUGGGGUUUCUGCUCAUCCUCGGUUUGGGUCUGUUCCUAGGUAGACGGUAUUUACGCAAUAUGAAGAAACUGAGUAAGUUUGCAAGCUCUGUUGCAUUUUGGAGACCAGAACGUGCUGGGAACCAAAGUGCCUUGGAAGUUGAGAUCCACGCAGAGGAAAACAUUUACACAAUACACUAAGGACUGUAUGCAUGCUUUCCUUUGUCAUCUCUGGGACUUUAAAUAUUUUCCAAAAUGUUAGCUGCUCCCUCUGCAGUGUGCCUGAACUACUAAAGCAUCACUCAUAUCAUUCUAAUAAAGCAAAUAAAAGCUACAA